AUGUUGGUCUCGUUGACCGUCGGCAAGGUAGACGCCGGCGUCGCCGUGCUCUUGACUCAGGAUAAUCGCCUUAUUGAAUUCCCCUCCGUCCUCCUCCCCAACAACAUCGCCUCCGGCAGCAUCGUCGACAUCACCGUCGCGCGCAACCACGCCGCCGAAACAGCCAGCGCAUCGGCCUUCCAGUCCCUCCAGAAGCGAAUCCUGAACACAUACGGCGUCAACCCCCCUUCGCCGCCCGUGCUCCGCCUCCGCAACGCCACGCAGACCUCGCUCGUCCUCGAAUGGGACCCGAUCGACCUGGCCACCGCGUCCGUCAAGUCGCUCUCCCUCUACCGCAAUGGCUCCAAGGCUGGCUCCAUCCCCCGCCCGCUCGAGACGCGCAGUACCAAAAUCAGCGGCCUGGCCAUUCACACCGAGUACACGUUCCGUCUCGUUCUGCGCACCACCGCUGGCACAUACCAGUCAGAGAAGCUGACCUGUCGCACACACAAGAUGACCGACUUAUCAGGCAUCACCGUGACACCCGGAGUCAUCGAUCCGCAGCGGAAGGAGGCUCUGGCCGCGGCACUGGACCGGAUUGGUGGCAAGAUGAUUGAUUCCGUCCGCAUCGACACCACACACUUCGUCUGCACGGAGGGACGGGGCCCGCUGUGGGAGAAGGCCGUGGAGAUGAACAUCCCCGUCGUGGUGCCUGAGUGGGUAGACCGUUGCGAAACGGAGGGGACCAUCGCCGGGGUCCGAGGGUAUUAUCUCGAUGCAGACCCGAAGGCGCGCCAGUUGGGCCCGAUUCACGGCUCCUCGCACCAGCGCACCACGUCGACUCUGUCGACAUCCACCGUCGCCAACCAGGGCCGCCCCAGCACGCAGCCUCAGCAGAGCACCGAGCAGGUCCAGACCAUAAACGAGCCUCCUCUGACGCCCUUCCCUGGUGGGGAGCCGAGCGAGCGACCACAUGCACAGACGCAUGAGGUCAGUUCGGAGGACGAGGAAGACGACCUACCCCCUCCGCCGCCACCACCAAAGGAUGAGGAGGAGGAAACGCCCACAGAAGAACAUGCCCAUCAGAACGGCGUGACACGACCCGAGACAUCACCAGAUGAGAACGGACACGAGAGCGGUAUCGAGAACGACGAUUCAAUCACCCUGCCACAGAACAUGCCCGCGGAAGAAGAAGAGCCCGUGCCGACGACGAGUAACGGCAGCAGCGUCAAGAACAAGGGCAAAGAGGGCGAGGGCGACUUCAAUGAAGUCCCGCUCUAG